CAAAAAGUAUUUAUAAACAAUAUUUUUUACAAUAACACCUAUUGCUCAAUAAUGUUUAAUAAUAUUACUAACUUCAUCGAUCCUUGUAUGCAACCAAGUCUCAUAACCUAACUGUUCUCAUAAUGGUUUAACACAUUAUUAUGUGGUAUAAUAAUCGUUUAGUAGGUAAAAAAAUUUACAAACAGUUCGCAUAAUUAUGUCAGAAAAUAAUUUCAAUCAAAAGAAACAAUAUGAAAACCAAAGUUCAACCUCUCAGUAUCCGAGUCGCUUCACUGAGAGAAUUCUAGGAAAAACUCAUCGCGGCUCGUACAAGAAAAACAAGCAAAACAGGAACAAACAUGGUGAAGUUUCAGGAAGCACUGAAAACAGAAUACAAAGACCACCCGGCUUAAAAGGAAAGGAGAUUGGGUUGUUUUAUAAAAAUUUAAUGCACAAAACUGAUGAGCAGAAAGCUAAAAUGAUGAAAAAUCGAACUUUUGGAGAAAUUCUAUUGUCUGACAUUAGAAAAGAACAAAUUCAAAGUAUUUUAAGCUGUAACACUUACAAGAAUAUUGAUGUGGAUACUGUUAAUUAUUCUCAUAUGAAAGACACUCAGUUUAAACAUGAAUUUGUUAAAACCAUUAGGGGCAACAUAAGUGAUAAUUUAAAACCACCAGUAAAUAUUGAGAGUAUGCCAGAAAUUGAUGAAGAACUUUAUAAUCAACACAGAGCUAAAUUGAAUCAACCUAAAUUUAUUAAUAUGUUAAAUAUUCGUAAAAGGUUACCAUCGUAUGACAAAAAAGAAGAACUAUUGAAAAUAAUUGAUGAAAAUCAAGUUGUUCUAAUAAGUGGUGAAACUGGAUGUGGAAAAACAACACAGGUUGCACAGUUCAUUUUAGAUGAUUACAUUGAAAGAAAGCGCGGAUCACUAUGUAAAAUUAUAUGUACACAACCAAGAAGAAUUAGUGCAAUUUCCGUUGCCGAAAGAGUUGCUGAAGAACGGGUCGAAAAUCUGGGACAAAGUGUUGGUUAUCACAUCAGAUUGGAGAAAGUUCAUCCAAGAGAAAGAGGCUCUAUCUGUUACUGCACAACUGGAGUAAUUUUACGUAUAAUGCAGUCAGAUCCGUGUUUAACUGGAGUUUCACACUUGAUUCUCGAUGAAAUACAUGAACGGGACGUCCUUUCAGACUUUAUUCUGACCAUCCUAAAGAGAGUAAUCGCCGUUCGAAAAGACCUCAAGUUAAUUCUGAUGAGUGCCACCUUAAACGCAGAAUCUUUCUGUAAAUACUACAAUGAUUGUCCCCACAUAAACAUACCAGGAUUUACGUAUCCAGUUGAAGAGUAUUAUUUAGAAGAUGUGAUUGAGAUGACACAAUUUACUUAUAACGAUGAGAGGAGGAGAGGAGCUGAAAGAAAGUGGCGUAACAAAAAAACAUAUAUUGGUGGUGAUAUUGAUAAGUAUGUUGAUAGUUUAGAGCGCGAGAGAAAAUAUAGUAAGCACACUUGCAACAUGCUCAGAUUGUCAGAGAGUGAAGAAUUUAAUGUUGAUUUAAUCUACUUUUUGCUUUUAGAAAUUUGUAAAAAGGGUGACAAAGAAGGUGCAAUUCUCGUGUUUGUCACAGGUUUCAUGGAGAUCUCGUCGUUAAACACGCGCCUUGAAAAGUCGACAAUGUUUCCGUCAAAUAAAUAUUUAAUAUUUCCAUUACAUUCCUUAAUGCCUUCAAUUGACCAAAAAAGGAUUUUUCAGCCUGCCCCACCAGGCGUUAGAAAAAUAAUUUUAUCUACGAACAUUGCUGAAACGUCUAUUACAAUCGAUGACGUGGUUUAUGUAAUCGAUUGCGGAAAGAUAAAGAUGUCGAAUUACGACACAACGAACAACUCGCAAACAUUAGUACCGGAAUGGGUCUCUUUGGCGAAUGCGAGUCAGAGAAAAGGCCGUGCCGGUAGAGUACGACCUGGAAUUUGUUACCAUUUGUUCACGAGAGAGCGCGAAAAACAUUUGCAGCCUUUCCAAAAGCCGGAAAUCUUGCGUAAACGUCUCGAGGAUGUUAUAUUAACUGCUAAGAUGUUACAAUUGGGCAAAAUCAGAGAGUUCCUGCCACAUCUCUUGGAUCCUCCAGAGGACUCCACUGUCAAUCACUCUCUUGAACUUUUGGAAAAACUUAACGCAUUGGAUGAGAACGAAAAUUUAACUCCUUUAGGUUAUCAUUUGGCGAAAUUACCGAUGGGACCGCAAACUGGAAAAAUGAUAUUGUUCGGGGCGAUUUUUAGUUGCCUUGAUCCUAUAUUAUCGGUCGCCACAGCCCUCGAUUACAAAGACGCGUUUCAGUUACCUUUAGGGAAAGAACAGGAAGCGGACAGGAAAAGACGCGAACUGGCUAUGGGUUGGAACAGUGAUCAUCUGUUGCAACACAUCGUCUUGGAUCGAUUCGAAAAGUCUCCGAACCCACGACAAUUUUGCUGGAAUUAUUUUCUUAGUUACCCAAUUCUCAAACAACAACAAGACAUGAAGCGACAAUUUAUGGGUUAUUUACACGACAUGAAUUUUGUCUCCAGUAUGAAUCCCAAAAGUCCGGAACUUAAUGUUAACUCAGAAAACUUAAGUUUGAUAAAAGCUGUGGUAUGCGCUGGACUCUAUCCCAACGUAGCGGUUUAUCAUAGGAAAAAAAAGCGUGGCGCCACUGUUAAAGGCGGAAAAUUGACUGAUCUGGAGAUGCGAAAGUUAGAUUUUCAUCCGAAAUCCGUACUUUCGAAAGUUUCGAACCCCGAAUCCCUCCUCUUCGUCUACUAUCUCAAACAACGUUCUUGUUGCAAUUACAUCCACGAUGCCACGAUGAUUUCGCCUUUACCUUUAGUUUUCGUUGGGGACAAACUGACACAGUUAAAGAACGAAAAGGGACAACCUGUGUUGAUGAUUUGCGAUAAGUUGACCUUUAAAUGUUCGGAAAGUACUGCCGAAUUGAUUAAGGAUCUUAGACAGAAACUUGAUUGGUUUUUGGAGUAUAAAAUAUCACAUCCUGGCUACAUUAACUGGAGAGAGGACACUUACGAAAUUAAUCUUCUUAGAGCAAUAAUGGAACUUAUUACUUGCGAGGAUUUGGGUGAUUAUGACUCCGAUUGUUUGGAAGAUCUGUUGAAUUAGAAUUAUAAUAU